CCGCUCCGGUGCACCACUCAUUCUGCAGCCGGCUGCGGCGAGUGCUGUGUCGUGUUGUGCGAGCCGUGCGACUCAUUCUCACGAUGGGUGCUCACGUAUCGAGGACCGACUUCGAGUGGGUUUACAGCGACGAACCUCACGCCACUCGUCGGAAGGUGAUCCUCAAGAAGUACCCCCAGAUCAAGGAGCUGAUGGUGACGGACCCAUGGUUCAAGUGGCAGAUCGUGGGCAUGGUGACGGUCCAGCUGAUCAUGUUCUGGCUACUUCGCGACGCGUCGUGGAUCACGAUCGUCGUGCUGGCAUACUGCUUUGGCGGCGUCAUCAACCACGCGCUCAUGUUGGGCAUUCACGAGAUCGCGCACAACCAGGCGUUCGGCCAGGGCAAGGGGCUGCCCAACCGGCUGUUCGGCAUGUUCACCAACCUGCCUGUCGGCAUACCGGCGUCGAUAUCUUUUCGGAAGUACCACUUGGAGCACCACCGGUAUCAGGGCAUUGACACAAUCGACGCGGACCUCCCCACCGAGCUGGAGGCCAAACUUUUCUGCCACACAGGCACAAAGCUGCUGUGGGUGAUCUUGCAGCCGCUGUUCUACGCACUCAGGCCCGUGUUUGUCUUUCCCAAGCCCGUCACUGGGCUCGAGGUGCUCAACAGCGUCAUCCAGAUCUUGUUCGACUGCCUCGUCUACUAUUUCUGCGGAGGCAAAGUUCUCUUCUACAUGAUUGGUGGGUCCCUGCUGGCCAUGGGCCUGCACCCAGUGGCCGGCCAUUUUGUCUCCGAGCACUACAUGUUCAAGAAGGGCUUCGAGACCUACUCCUACUAUGGCUGCCUCAACUGGGUCACCUUCAACGUUGGCUACCACAUGGAGCACCACGACUUCCCCGCUGUGCCGGGCUCCAAGCUGCCUCUGGUCAAAAAGAUCGCCGGGGAGUUUUACGACGACCUGCCCCAGCACAACUCUUGGGUCAAGGUCCUCUACGACUUCAUCAUGGACCCCGAAAUCGGUCCGUACGCCCGUAUCAAGAGGAAGGGAGCGGCCAUGCCCGUACUCGACGGCUCCGGCGACGUCAUCAAACCCAUCUCGGACGUCACAUUUGCCGACAUGAACGGCUCUUCCAAUGGUGUCAAGAAGCACGAGUGAGGCCGUGGGAAAGGAGGGGGCAAGGGGGAGGGUAGAGGGAAGGGAGGAUGGGACGGAGAGGAGUUCGUACAUGGGGGGUGGGGAGUAUGGGUUUAUGCUCAUGACGCACACGAGGGAAAUGGAAAGGGGGCGAUUUGAAAGAACGGUGCUGUACAAGAAAAGGUGACUGCUGACUCUGAGUUUAUAAGUCUCUUAGCUUGGCAAGGAAGCUGGAUUGUUUGAUGGACUUGAGGUUGCGAAAGUACCUGCGAGUGUGUAGGGGCUGUAAUGUAGAGGAUCGGUUAUGAAAGGCUAACACAGGUUUAGGAUUGGCGGGUCUUAAUACUGGGUUGGAAGCACGUGACGAAACAUGAGAGGGUUUCGUAUUGUGGCUUUUGCACAGUGGCAGGCACAAAGCGUGAAAGGCUUGUAGUGACCAAGUCGAGUAGUGCGUACAGUCAUCAUGCUCGCAUGUUGCGCUAUCGAUGAAAGUUUGCUGGAGCAGUGGUGCCUGUGACGUAGUGAAACUAUCCUGUGCGACCGUGUGCAUCGUUCAAGGGCAUUAUUAAUGCUGCGACGAAGCCUUCUCGCAACGGGCAUUGCCUAGAAGCUUCACAGCCGGUGACUGGUGGUGGCAGAGGGAACUGCGUGCAAUCGCGGCCACAUCUGCAAACAGCCAAAGUGUGAGAAACUAGCGCCCCAUGCCAACGAUGUUGGCUUUGAACUCGCCUGUGAAUACGAGCCUUCGUGUGUGACAAAGGAUGGACUGCGAGGGAAUGUGUUGGAAACGGCAUGGACCAAAGUGCGAAAGACUGAGACUGCUGUUUUUUGAAGGAACUGUGUGGGAUGUACGUCUUUCAAGGGUGGUGUGGCGUGUGGAUUGUGCGACAGUGUUUUAGUUUUUUUUGUGUGUUUUAAAGUGGUGUGAAGAAUGUCGUGACGGUAUGCUCACAUUGAGCUGCGUGUUAAGGUUUUAUCGAAAGGAUAACGCGGGCUUUUGCUUUUCCAGGAAAGGGGGCGGCCAGUCCACUGCAGGUGGCCUAGCUGGUACGAGUUCAUAAUUACAACUCAUUGUGCGAGAAGUGUGGCAUUGUCUUUCGCCACAUUGGUCAUAGUUGCCAGCCACUGUAUCUUCCCUUGUUUCGGUGUAGCCUCGUGUAUUGCUAUUUUCAGGCUGUUAAAGGGAUUUCUUACAGCACGAGGUGUUUACAAGAAGAUUUUUCUCAAGUAUCUGAAAGUGCUUAGACAGGCAACAGGUGAAGGAAGUGUGAUGAAUAACAAAAGAAAAUAUGGGAUAGAAGUGAAAGAAGCAGUGUCACCGGUAGUCCCAGAAGGUAUUACCGCGUAACAAGCGCCACUCCACUUUAGGUCAACAAUACUCGAAAGCAAGUACUAAUUGACUAUGCUGCGCAAACAUGCAGUGAAGUUGCAGAUGAUUUCUGUCGGUGUACAAAACUCUUGCAUUGUCUUACAUUAAAAAAAAUAAAUACAGGCAUUUAGUGCAAUCAUCGGGCCCACGUGUGAAGACAGUUCAGGACGGCUCCACGUCCAUAUUGCCAAGCUGAUUAAAUGGUCUUGUUAUCAAAGUUCUCUCAUGCCUCUAAACCAUGUCAAGGCACUUGAAACAAAUGCGGGAAUAAGUGUGCGGCUGCUCUACACUAGUGUGUGUAUAUACAUGCCUCUGCUUAAAAUCUGAUAACGCUCGUUGUAGCUUGGAGAAAUGACUCGCACUGUAACUCCUUUACAUUGCAUGAUGUAGUGGGGAAGUGUGAAGGUGUUUUAAAAUUUCGAGCUGUAUUACUUAACUUUGGCUCCUCUUUUCUAGUGCGGCAGUAGUUAGUGGAGAUAAAGAUGCCGAUGAUGGUGGUGAUGAAUUAGUCGAAAGACCCAUUGGAAUGAACUUUGGCUGGCAGUCAUGGAAAGUAAAAGCGUUCGAAGUGUAUUCCAAGUCACAAUGGCUUUCUUUUUUAUUUCAUUCUUCCUCUUGCAUGCUGUCGGUGAAAUUUUCCAGUGUUAAUGUUUUUACACGUGUUUCUCCCAUUGGAAUGAACAUUGGCUGGUAGUCGUGGAAGUAAAAGCAUUUGGAGUGUAUUUCAAGUCACAGUGGCUUUCCCUCUCUUUUUUAUUGCAAUCUUUAUCUACCGAGCUGCUAGUGAAAUCCCCCAGUGUUAAUGUUUUCACGUGUGUUUCUGUGUACAGCGUAGCCAUGACAGGGAAGAGAUCACGUUCUUAGUCUGUUGGCAUUUGAGUCGUGGUGCACAAUCUCUAUUUAGCCGGCGUUCUUGCUCUGCGCUUAUAGACAAAACUUGCGCUGAGUGUAGUUUGUGGGUUAACAUAGAAAACUGCGCGAAAUGAACAGUGGGCAAAAGGGGAGAGACAGCCACUAUGCUGGAGACUAGACGUUUUAUUGCACUGAUGAACGUUAAUAGACACGAAGGCACGUGGUGCAUGCAAGAUAUGCGAGGCGUUCGCAAAUUGCAGCACUCUUAAAGUCGGGCAAUGCAGUAGUUGUCUGGCCUGAGUAAACACUUGUGUUGUCCAGUUCCCUUUCCUGUCUGUCACUGUUUUUUACCAUAUCUGAAUGCCUUGUGUAAAGGAGAGAGAGAGAAUAAACAUAUUUACAAGGUA